CACAAUUAUGGGCUAGAUGGGCGUAUCAGUCCAAUCCAACAGCAACGCCCAACUGCCAUGUGGUAAAAGCCAUGAAGAUAGCCUAAUUUCAUGAUGCCUGCUCCUCUUCCACGAUGUUUCUUUGACAUAGCUAUCAAUGGAGUGGCAACUGGGCGGGUUGUGUUUGAGUUAUAUAGUAAUGUGGUUCCCAAGACAACGGAGAACUUCCGGUGUCUGUGUACGGGUGAGAGGGGGGAGGGCAAGAGCACGUUCAAGCCACUACACUACAAGGGCACACCCAUCCACCGUAUAGUGAAGGGAUUCAUUGUACAGGGAGGAGACUUCAGCUGCGGUGAUGGAACGGGUGGGGAGUCCAUCUAUGGUGGCAUGUUCAAGGAUGAGGCGUUCCAGCACAAACACGAGAAACCAUUCCUCCUCUCAAUGGCCAACAAGGGACCAAACACCAACGGAUCUCAGUUCUUCAUGUGA